AUGGUUACAAAAACUUUGAUGAAUGAAAAUUUAAUGAAUGAAAAUAUAGCUCUCUCAAAUUAUUCUUUCAAUAAAAAUGCAUCAAAUAAUCUUCCAGUGAAAAUUAACUUUAGUGAAAAUACGAGCAUUUCAUCUUUUUCAAACAAGUUAGGAAAAUCUAAUAAUUCUCAUGAACAAAAGUCGCCUUAUUUAAAUUGUACGAAGGUGCGCAUAAUAUCGACCGAAAAGAAAAUCUUUCAAAAGAAGCCUAAUGACGUCACAUCAUCGUUUUCCCAAGCGUGUAAAAUUUAUAAGACUAGUUCGGAUGAAUUUAAGUCGAGUAAAGGUAAAUUUAAGAAAGAUAAAUCUUCACGUUUAGUUGUAUCGAAGGAGCUGAGUAAUGGUCAACAAACUGUUAGCGAUAUGAAUGAAUCGGAGUAUCACAGUCGAGUCGACACCAAUCGCAGAUGUAAACGAAAACGCCGUCCUGCGAAAAAAUUCGGUGGUCCUAAUCUAGAAGAGAAGAAAUUUGAAUUUUAUAACGGAGAUUUAAUAUGUACCCCGGCAAUAAAAGUAGAUAAAAAGCAAUUUAAUCAAGAUAAGAGGAUUAAUGACAAAAUGCAAAAAAUAAAUCGAACAAGAAAAAGAGGAGAAGUCGUUCGGCCCGGUGAUCUCUGGACAAUAUUGAGAAGCAUCAACAAAUUUUCCUAUAUUACAUCUCCACGUUUGUCUGAAGACAGCAUUGAAACAAUUAAAAGAAAGGGAAACUAUACUAAGAAUCAAAAAGAAACCGGGCUUAUUGAAACAUGUACGACUGAGGAAUUUUCUUAUAUAUCUAGUUACGACAUUAAAAGUAAAUCGCAAAGCAUUUGUUCGAAACCGUCCAGCUUCGAUAGAGUUACGAUUGUAAGUAAGAAAGGAGAUUCGAAUUUUAAAGAAUUAACUAAACUUCCGGUAACGGAUGUACGAAGUUCUCGAAUUUCAAAGAAAAAUUCGUUGAAAAAUAGCUACAAUAAACAAAAAGCUAAUAAGAAAAAUAUCCAGUCAGUUGAUAUAAGUGGGACAGAUAAUAAAACAGAAACCUUUUUGAAUUGUCAACCGAGUGAUUUGUUUAAGAAACAAUACUCUGGUCAACGACCAAAUGAAGUUCAAGACAGUUACAUCGAGUUGAUUGAUAAUCCAAAUGGUAAUAGCGAAGAUGAAACCUUACCCGAGGAAAAAAUAGAGUACAUACAAAAUGAAACGUCGAUGGAAGACAAUAAAUAUCGUGAAUCAAACGUAUUCUUGUCGUCAAUAUCUAGUAAAACAGGUCUUAAAAACUUUUCUGAUGUCAAAAUUAAUGACAACAGUAAAAAUCCCUUGGAAAACAAAGGAAAUUAUUUUAUGAAAGAAAAUAGAUAUUUUUCCAAACAAUUACUCUAUAAUCAAAGAAAUUACGGAAUUCCAAAAUUAACUCAAACAGAAAUUAAAAGAAGGUUGGUAAACUUAAAAUAUCCAAUUGUUAUACUUGGAAAAGACGAACUUAGUUCUACGUUUAGUAUUGUGGAUUACGAUCCACCACACUUUGACGGUUUGAAUCAACAAGUGUGGCCUUAUAUGAAAGAAUGGAUCGUUGAUUCAAACAGAAAUAAAGUAGAUUCAAGGAGAAAAGUUUUGGAAAACCAAAUAAAAAAUUCUUUAGCCCCUAAACAUCAAAAUGUACCUGCGAGAAAAGAUUGUCGCAAUGAAAUGUCGAAUCGUAAAUCAGUUCAUAAUUUCGUUGGUACUAGAAUGCACAGCCCUGUUUCUAAGAAAAAGGAAUCGAAAACUAAUUUUCAACUAAAAGAAGAUAUGAAAACUAACAUACCGGUACCUCAGAAAAAGAAAGUAUUAAAUCAAUUCAAAGAUAAAAUGAUAGAUUUCAUUAAACCUCAGAGGAAUUUAGUUAACAAAAAUGUUGUUAAUAACCAUUCAAGUAUACUGAGAUCUAUGAAACAUAACACGGAAAGUAAAAUACAUUUAGAAUCGUUUAGAGGAGUCGAUUAUAAAGAAUUAUGCGAAAAUACCUCGCACUUCAAUAAACCUCAACCUAACAAAUAUUCAUGGUCUAAAGUAAAAUGGGCUAGCGAUUUCAUUGACAAUAUUAUCAAGAAAAUAAAAAAAGGAAUGUAUUAUACUCAACAUGACAUUGAUAGCGAAAACAUUAAUUCUGGCACAGAAGUCAUUAUAUCUGUCCCCAAGGUAGAAACAAUUCCAGAAGACGAAAAUAUCAAUCAAGAUGUUACAAAUGAUACAGAUAGUACAACUAUACCAGGUUUUGAUGAUAAUCGUAAUGUUAUGCCAUUACAAGUUGAUGUUAAAAUGAUUACCAGCACUUUAGUUUCAGUGCAUUACAGUUUGACGAAUGUUGUGUUACAAUUUGACAUCUGCAUUCCUUCCGUAUCGGAAUCAUCUUUUAAUUCGACGCUUCCAUCAUUUUCAUCGGUUAUAAAACCUGAGAAUCAAAGUACGCUAUAUAAAUGUCAGGAUAGAAUACCAAAUGGAAUGUUGCCUGCAAAGCUAUGCAGUAUAUUGCCCAAGUUUCUAUCUCAAAUAAUGAAAGAUAAAGCAUUCACAGAAUUACCCAAUUCGCCUUUUAAUAUUGAAACCAACGCUAAUCAGAUUAUUCCCAGAAUCAUUUUCUAUCCUAUUAUGCAGUUUAGUUUGGAAUUGCAAAAUUUAAUUACUGGAAAAUUUUCUAUAAAAGAAAUAUCUAAUAUAGAUGAAAAAAUCACUCCUAUUCCUCCAAAUUUGGAUUGGUGUCUAAAGAAUACAUUGAUAAAGAAAAUUGAAACUAAACGUCUAUUAAAUUUUUCGCCAACUUUACGAAAAUACAUGAAAUUUAAUUUUGAAAAAUUAUCUGACAUUAAAAAUAAUCAGAGAUUGCUAACAAAACCGUUAGUAAAUACUUGCACAGAAAUGGUGCCGUAUAGUUCACCAUUUACCACGAUCAGCCAGGCGUUAGGUUUAAAUGAUGUAGAAAAAUUGAUUUCUGGAAUAAAUAAUUUUAUGAUAGGAGUAAGUCGAUGGAAUAAGAAAUGUUUCCCUUCGCAUAAUUGUCGUAUUGUAAUCUCUGACGAUCUACGACGAACGCUUGACUCAAUGCCUAAAUUUUCAAUAACUUUAUCAAUCAGAGAACUUCCAUACGAGAGAAUGAAUAAUGUAGAUUCAAAUAUUGAAAGAAGAAUACCAAAAUAUGAUAAAGGUAGCCAUGAAAUCGCCAAAAAAUGCGUCAAGAAAACAUUUAUUAAGCUUCACAAGAAAUGCAAGUCACUGACGAAUAUGUCAAAAGAAAGUUGUACUUCAUUAAAUAAAAUCACAAAUCUAGACGAAUUCUUUCAUGCCCUUGGAUGUUAUAAGCCAUUGUCUAAAGUUUUAAUGGGUCAUUCGGAUGUAGCAAUCAUGUCAUCUAUUAUCGAGAUGAGAAGUUGGAUUAAAGAGAUCACGCAAGCACAGGCUCUUCUUAUUCUCUUGUUAUCUAACAAGAAGGAAACCAGGAAUCUGAAACGAUUCCGGCCCAUGAUACUGCAAGGGAUUGCAGUGAACAGAAUAACCACAGCUGCAGAACUUGACAUGGAAAUUGAGGUUAUUGAAAAGGAGAAUUUGUGUAUAUCACAGAACGAAGGUAUAUCAUUUUUGUCCCAAUCCAACGAUAACAGUCUUUUAGAUGAAUUAUGUUGGAUCGCUAAAACAACUGCAUCCGAUUAUCAAAAGCCAUUUGAUGACUCAUCAGAGAAAUUAUUAAAAUCAUUGCUUGGGAAGCGAAAGAAACUGAACCCUUCUUACCUCAGAGUGAUGGCUCGAUACGUCGGUCUAGGAUUAUUGAAGCACCGCAGCAGUUAAAACACAUCGACGAGUACAAUACAUGCCUAC